ACAAAAGGUUUGAUACCAGGUAACACUCAUUUUUCACCUUGGCUGGUAUCAACCAAAUUCUACAGCAUCUGUCUACAAAUAGUUGGGAUCACAUUCAACUAAAAUCCUCUGAGCUUUAUAAUCCUAUGAAGUCUUACGCGUCCUCUGUCAUUAUUUUCAACAAAUAAAUAGUGUUUGCCUUUGGUCUAUUUAUUUCUGAAGGUUAUAACAUGGAUUUAUACAAAUACCUGGACUUGAUAGAAUGGUCAGACCAAAAGCUUGAUAACGUAGAAAAUUCAUCGGAUAAUUUUUGGAUAACUUGGAUUCCAUCUAUUUCGCAACAAGAAAGAUUACCAUCAUCUCGCAAUACUUCAAAUUUAAAUGUUUCUCCUUCAGUCAUCUUUUUCACCGUGCUGAUAUGUGUCUUAGUGGGUGUCAUAAUUGCAGUGAGCAUGCUAAAAAAUAGAAAAACUGCUUUUUUUACGAAACCAUACGCGUGUAGCUAUCAACGAAUCAUCAAUUUUUUCUGCAGUAGAAGAGUCGGGGAGACAUUUGCGACGCAGAUGUACGGCCUUGUAACAAACUUGGUUUCUUUCAUGCUGCUUAUGCUUUUUAUCGCCUACUUUGUAUACAGCAUUGUAAAUAGCCCUGUAUCGACAACGGAAGAAGUGUUAGAGGCAACUGACAUACCUUUUCCAGACGUUCGUUUUUGUUACACUGGUUGGAAAUAUGAUAGCUACAAUGAUACGACUGGUAAUUUUCCUCAAUUGACCUGUGAAUCUUCCGAUGACGUCGAUAACUGUGAGGAUGUUUAUAAACUUCCAAGGUCUAUUAUGAGCCCACACUCAUUAUUCAGUGAUACAUUAUGCUACAUGUAUUCUCCGUCAAAAGAUAAGUUAAACUAUAUAUAUGAAGGCGUUCACCUCCAGUUUUUUCAUGUGGGUAAUGUUAUGAGUGACAAUGAACAAUCAACUCGCAUUCAAAUAUAUGAACCAGCCAAAAAUCCAAAUCGUCAAGUUUUCAAUAUUUCACCUUUGCCUAAUGAGUGGAGUGUAGAGUAUCUGGACGAUUGGAUGGAUAUGCAAACCAAUAAUUCUUUUGUAUAUGGUACUUCAGGACAGAAAAUUGCUUUCAAUGGCGUGCCAGGUGUCAGCAUUCAUUUUAAAAUGACUUACACACAAAAAAUCGAUCCAGAUAGUCUUUGGAAUCUAGUAGGCGUAUUUCCCAAGUACAUUCAAAUGUCAGAGCUUAGCAUCAUCAAUUCGGAAAUACUUGGCAGUCCAAACGCCAGUUUCGACUUAUUUCAUUACAUCAACAUUUACCCUGUAGAUAACAAGAAGAUCCUCAUUACAGAAAAAAGAGAUAUAACCAUCAUAUCUACGCUUGGUGUUCUAGGUGGAAUUGUCAGUAUGUUAAUAGCUGCCAGAGUUUUUUUAUUCGGGGCAAAGCCGACAGAGCCUUGGGGUGUUUUCCAACGUCUUUCUCUGCGGUCAAAUCGAGAGCAGAACAAAUCUGAAAACUUGAGAAAAUACUUUCUUAUUCCUGGCGUUGAUAAUAUACCAUUUGUAACACCUGUCCAUCAACGAUUUUCUGAUAUCUAUGCCAAAAACAAAGACAGGCAUGUUACCACCCUAGGCAACAGUAGUUCAGUCAGUGCAGAAAUGGACUCCUUGAUCAACAACCGUUCUGAUGCAGGCAUGCGAAUGAGAAAUAACACUAGCGUGACAGAAAUCAAUCAUGACGUUGUGAAUGCUUUGAAAAAUAUGCAAGAAAGAUUAGACCAGUUGGAAGGACGAAACCAAAUUCUCGAGUUAGUAUUAAAGGCAUAUUAUAUCGAUGAUAGAAUUUUUCGCGAAAUACAUGAAACUACAAAAAAAGAAACAAGUUCAGUUUCGGAUUUGGAAAUGAGCCCAUUGUCAGAAGUAAUAAAAAUCGAAGAGAAAUAGGAGUCGAUGAAAGAAUACUUGAAAGAAUUGGGAAAAUUUUAUUUUUGAAUUUCCAAAUAUAUAAUUUACAGUGGUUACUCAAUCAGCAAAUAUGAUGAUGGUGUCUCUACUACGAGAUCAGGAUGACAGUAAAAAAAAAGAAAAAUGUUUUUUUUUUGUUUUAUUUGAACUAUAUAUAUAUGUACGACCCAUAGAAAGAGAAAAGAAAAAGAAAGAAAGAG